AUGGAUCAGUUCACACCAGAGCAGAUUUCUCAACUCAAGGAGGAAAAUCUUGGACCCAUGUCCAUCGCAAUCGUCGUUUCUUUCACUAUACUCUCGUCCAUAUGCGUUGCUCUUCGAUUCUUCACCCGAAUAAAGUUGGUCCGCGAGCUCGGGCUGGAAGACUGGUUCAUUCUUGUUUCAAUGUGCUUAUCUAUUUGUAUGGCGGCUUGCCAAGUGAUGCAGGCAAAAUGGGGCAAUGGAAGACACAUGAUAUUUUUGGACCUGACAGCAGCAGUCAUGAUCCUGAAGUAUCUCUACUUCAGUAUCUUGACCUACACUGCCAGUCUAACGUUUACAAAACUGUCGAUUUUGCUGCAGUAUCGGCGAAUCUUUGCUGUGCAAAAGAUGCGCUUACCAAUCUAUAUCGCCAUGGGUAUCUGUGCUGCUUAUGGUAUCACGAGUGUGUUUACGGGUAUCUUCGACUGCGUCCCUGUUGAUGCGUUUUGGGAUCUUACGAAGAAGCCGACAGCAAGAUGUGUGAACGAGACAACACUCUGGUAUUCGAAUGCAGGACUCAACAUCGCAACUGAUCUGCUUGUUGCAAUUCUACCGAUCAAAGCUAUCUGGGACCUACAACUACCCAAGAAGCAAAAGAUCGCCUUGGUCUUCAUUCUGACCAUCGGUUGGUUUGUCUGCGUGGUCUCGAUCCUCCGUCUCCACGCUCUUGUGGAGCUCGCUCAAAACCCGCAAGACACAACCUGGUACAGCACCGCAACUGCAUACUGGUCAGCAAUCGAAGUGAACCUCGGUAUCGUCUGCGCAUCUACUCCUGCCCUUAAAGCCCUCGUCGUCAAAUUCGUCCCAGCCAUGCUCUCUAAGUCGUUCAGCACCGGUCGCAGCCGAAGCCGCAGUCGCAGUGGCACCGACCCAGCCAAGAACCGUAAAUCAUUCAUCGAACUUUCGGAUAAGGAGUUAGCUAGUAGUUCACAAGGAAGUGAUCACUAUGAGCCAGCGAACCCCAUCACUGCACUGCCAGCGGUCGUUGGCGGGGGCCAGAGGGAUAUGCGAUACGAGAUCAGGAGCUCACCAUACGGCGAGAACCAGGAUAGACUGAGCGAUAGUGAGAGCCAGAAGGACCUUGUGGAGCGACCUGAAGCUUUCAGAUCGAGAUAAUAGUUAGUGUAGGAAGCCAUCUCUUUCGACGUUCAAACUGUACCAAUCAAGAACUCCCCCGUACCUUCUGCGCACCAUCGAAAUAUUGCUCACAGACCCCUUGCUAUAAGAAUCUUCUUUUUGAUCGAGCUAGGUACAUGUUUGGUAGCGAACUGCAGCCUCCAAUAUCGCAUGGUUAUUGUAAACUUUGAAAAGUUUGGUGAGCACCUAGAACAUUGGCCCUUCCCAUCCCUGUCUCGUC